CUUCGUGGGAUUCUAUCGGUGGUCAGCUCAGUUUAUGAUCCCUUGGGAUUUCUUGCACCGCUCACACUUCCAGCCAAGCUCAUACUACAGGAUCUGUGUAGGAGGAGCAAUGGAUGGGAUGAUCAGAUUCCCUCAGCUCCCCAGCAGCAGUGGAUGAAAUUGUUACAAGACCUGGAAAAGGUGACGACAUUCAGCAUACAUCGAUGCCUCAAACCGCCAGAUUUUGGACAACCCACUCAUGGCCAAUUACAUCACUUUUCAGAUGCCAGUGAAAGCGGAUACGGUACUGUGACGUAUCUCAGGCUGCAGAACAACAGCAACAUUAUCCAUGUCUCUUUCAUGCUUUGCAAAGCCAGAGUGGCUCCACUCAAGCAAGUGACGAUUCCUCGUUUGGAACUUACUGCUGCUGUUCUUGCUGUUCGAGUAGACACAAUGCUAAGAGCAGAGUUACAGCUUCUACUUGAGAAAUCAUGUUUCUGGACUGAUAGUACUUCAGUUUUGAAGUAUAUCAGGAACGAGGACAGGAGAUUUCAAACCUUUGUAGCAAACAGGAUAUCUACCAUCCGAAGAGCAACCGAUGUCUCACAGUGGAGGUACAUUCAUACCACACAGAACCCUGCAGACGAAGCCUCAAGAGGAUUAACAAUGGAUCAUUUGUUAACAAACCGAAGAUGGAUUGAAGGCCCUGAAUUUCUGUGGAAAACAUAG